AUGGCAUUCCGUCUUACAUACAUCCUUGCAUUUGCAAGCGUCCUUUCCGGUGCAUUUGCCGAUAAAUACUCGAGAACGAAGCCCGAUCGAGGCGCUCUAGUCGUCGAUGCAUCCGGCGCAACCAUCGGCAGCUACCCCAACAUCAGUGUCGCAGUGGGCGCUCUGCACAACUUAACCGAUGCACAAAAGAUCUUCAUCCACCCUGGCAUCUACAACGAACAAGUGUACAUUCCCCCUCAUGCCGGUCCCAUCACUAUUCAAGGUUACACGAAGAACGCUCGUGGCUACAAGGAUAACGAAGUCACUUUAACAUUCAACCUCUCGCGCCAGACGCCCGGACUUGCCAACAACGACGCCACAGCUACCCUUCGCUUAAACACAUCUAAUGUUCGGCUAUACAACCUUAACAUUGCCAAUACGUUCGGCCAGGCCAGACAGAAUGGACAAGCUCUAGCACUGAGCGCGCAAAAGACAGACCAAGGUUUCUACGGAUGCAAGUUCACCGGUUACCAAGACACCAUCUAUGCCAACGUUGGGCGUCAAAUCUACGCAAAGUCAUUCGUCAACGGAGCUGUCGAUUUCAUCUUCGGCCUGCGAGCAAUUGCAUGGUUCGACAAGGUCGAUAUCGAGGCUAUCGGCCCUGGCUACAUCACCGCCAACGGUCGUGAAGCCGAGAACAACACCAGCAUCUACGUCUUCAACCAGGUCAACGUCUCUGGCACCAACGGAACCAACACGACCGUUCUGGGUCGUCCUUGGAGACCUUUCUCCCGAGUCAUCUUCCAGGACAGCUAUUUGAGCGAUGUCGUCAAGCCUGAGGGAUGGGCUCGAUGGGACAACACGCAAAGCACUGACAACAUUGUCUACCAGGAGUACAAGAACUAUGGACCUGGCGCAAACAUUGUCGCAAGAGCGAACUUCUCCUCCCAGGCGGUCGCGCCAAUCAAGGCAUCGGAUUUGUUUGGAAAGAACUUUAAGAAGGAGAACUGGGUUGAUGCAGACUACUUGUAG